CCCCACGCGAAGAAGAAGAAGGAAAAAAAAGAAAUAAAAUAAAUAAAUAAAUAAAAUUAAGAAAAGAUACAGAGAGAGAGAAGGGGAAAUAAUAAAAGGAGGAAGGAGCAGAAUAAUAAGGUGUCUCUCUCUUGGACUGAUUCGUUUCAAUCGCAUCUGAUUUCUUCCCUCUCUUCUGCUAUUCUUUCUCUUUUUAACUUUCCUUUCUCUCUCUCUCUCUUUGUCUAUGUCAUGUGUGGAGGAGAGAAAGUGAUUAUUAUUAUCAUCAGACCAUACCAAAACCCAACGCCAAACCCCAAAAACACAACUCAAAUUUAAUAAAGAAUGGUAGAAUUGGAGUUGGUCUUAUUCUUUCAAAAUACAUAAUUUUUAUUAUUUAUCUUCUCAAAAUUCAAUUUUUAGUUGUGGGGUUUUCUUAAAAUUCUAAUCUUGACUUCUCUCUUUCUCUUUCUCAUUGAAGAGUCCGCCUUGGCUUGAGAAGAGGGCAUAAUAUUGCUUCUUCUCAUUCAUGCUUCCUAUGUGGUAGCGUUUAUUGUUGCCUCCUUCUUCUUCUUCUCUUUUUUCUCUCUCACACAACACAAUAUUACUAUUCAUUCAUACACAACAAUACAUAUAUAUAUAUAUAAAAGUUUAUCUAUAUAUCUCUACACAUUAUUUCUGUCACAAACUUUUCUCUCUCUCUCUCUCUCUCUCUAUAUAUCCAUCCACUUAUCAAUUCUUUUCCCAUAAAAAAGAAAAUGGCUGUUCAAGCUCAAUACCCUUCAAAUAUUCUCCUCCUCAACAGAAAUGGACAAGAAGGGCAUGAUUAUUCAUUACAACAGCAUCAAGAUGGAUUAUUUCUUGAUCAAACUUCUAUGAUAUUUAACAAUGUUGGUGCGAGUAAUACCAGUAAUAAUAAUAAUAAUAAUAAUAAUCCGAGGAAAAGAGGAAGAGAAGCUUCGGUUGCCACUCCAAUCAAUCAUUUCUCUCUUCAACCUCCUCAACUCAUCGACCUUUCUCAACUCCAUAACCAGAGCCAACCCAAUGUCGUUUCCACAGGGCUGAGAUUAUCCUUCGGUGAACAACAACAACAACAUAAUCAGAAUAAUCAUAAUCAUCAAAAUCAUUAUCAUCAUCAUCAACAACAACAAUCUCAGCAGCUUCAACAGUUGAACCAGUCAUCAUCGUCGUCGGCGUCGGCGUCGGCAUCUCUCUUAUCAGUAAUGGCAGAGGAUUUCGCUUCACAAAUCAAACAACAGAGAGACGAAAUCGAUCAAUUUCUUCAAGCCCAGCAGGGAGAGCAGUUGCGGCGUACAUUAGCAGAGAAGAGACAGAGGCACUAUCGUGCGCUUCUGAGCGCGGCGGAAGAGUCAAUAUCUCGACGAUUGAGAGAGAAAGAAGCGGAGGUUGAGAAAGCUACUCGCCGAAACGCCGAGCUUGAAGCACGUGCGGCACAGCUAACCGUUGAGGCCCAAAUUUGGCAGGCCAAGGUUAGGGCCCAAGAAGCCACGGCGGCGACUCUUCAAGCCCAAUUACAGCAAGCGAUUAUGAACGGUGGUGGCGGCGGCGGAAGAGGUUUGGUGGACGACGGAGGGGUAUCUUGCGCCGGAGAAGGAGGAGUGGAAGGUCAGGCGGAGGACGCCGAGUCGGCUUAUAUUGACCCGGACCGAGUCACCACCGCGUCGGGACCGAGUUGCAAAGCUUGUCGGAAGCGAGUUGCUUCGAUGGUUAUUUUGCCUUGUCGGCAUCUCUGCCUUUGUACGGAAUGUGACCGAGUUGUUCAGGCCUGUCCUCUUUGCCUCUCCUUGAGAAAUUCAAGUGUGGAGGUUUUCCUCUCUUAGGGCGGCCCAAAGCCCAAGCCCAAGCCCAAUUGUACCACUUGGGCCCCGUUAAAAUCCAUUGUGAUCAACGCAACGGUACAAUGGGAGAAAAAAAAGAACAAGUAAAUGAACAAAAGAAAAAAAAAAUUAAUAAUAUUUGAUUAUAAUAAUAAUUAAGAAAGAAAAAACACAAUCAUCUUUUUUCUUUUUUUCUUUUUUUUUUUUUAAAUUUUUUUCUUGAAAAAUAGCUGAAUAGACUGCCCCCACAUGACUUAAUUUUUCCUUUUGUUGCUUUCUUUCUUCUUCCCCCUCUUCGAGUGAAUUUCCUAGAGGUAAUGUACAUGGCCACGUGGGUAGUGGCAUUGUCUCCUUUUCAAUUUUUUUUUUUACUUUUUCGAAACUUAAUUCAUAUAUAAAUUCUUUUAUUUGAUAUAUUAUAUAUAACUGAGUCAUUGUCCAAAUA